GCUUAUUUUUAGGCCAUUUAUUAAAGUCGUCGUUUAGCUCUAGUGCUAUGGUUGAUAAAGAAGAAGAGUCGCGUUUGUUUGGUAGAGAAUAAGCGCCAUAAGUCAUUUUUACACGUGUUAGCGGGACGCAUGGAUCAGUAAAGUCGGUUUCCACUUCGUUUGCGGGUCGUAGAGAGGAAUAGCGUAAAUGAAACAAUGACAGCUUGUGCCGACCUGCGAUCCAUCUUUGAUUUGUGGUCAAAUGAAGAAGACCUGCAGCUGAGGGAGGUAAACCCUGUCCUGAGGGAGACCGAAGCACCCGCAGACCCUGUGAAAACCGGGGGUCCGGAGGAUGACAGGAGGCGGGAGGUGUCCGACAAAAUGCUCUGCUCGGCCUGCAAAUGCUCCUUCGUUAGCAGAGAGGAACAGAGGGAGCACUACAAGCUGGACUGGCAUCGGUUUAACCUGAGGCUGAAGAUAGCCGGAUCGCCUCCCGUCACAGCGGAGGAGUUUGAGAGGAAGACGAGAGCCGGAGACCUGUCGAGUAUCUCGGGCUCUGAGUCCGACUCAGACGAGGAGGACGUAGAGGGUGACAGCGGAGGAGCAGGGAGUAGCAUCGCUGAAACGAACGAUGAGCGUUCAGCUGAGCCUAAUUCAACAGCUGCUCGUCUCUCCGGUAAGGUGCUGUUCCAGAACCCUGCAGGAGAACAUCUGUCGGUCCAUCGCUGUGUGCUCAUGGGAAAGUCAGAUUCGGACGAGCGCGACGCGGUUUCCUCCCUGAAAGCUAUAAAUCAGAAAACCGUCUGGGUCGUUCUCAUGACGGGCGGAGGACACUUUGCCGGAGCCGUCUUCGAAGGAAAGCAGGUUCUCCACCACAAGACCUUCCAUCGGUACACGGUGCGAGCAAAGAGAGGCAGUAGCCAAGGACUGCGAGAUGCCCAGAACCGCGGCCACAUGGCCAAAUCUGCCGGAGCGUCUCUGAGGAGAUACAACGAGGCGGCGCUCGUUAAGGAGAUCCAGGAUCUGCUGCUGACCUGGGCCGAACACUUGAACAGGGCCUCUGCUGUGUUCGUCCGAGCGCCCAGCUACAACAAGGCCAUCUUCUUCGGAGGCCGCGGGGGUCCCCUGCAGAAAAAAGACCCCCGGGUCCGCCUGCUGCCCUUCGCCACUCGCAGGGCGACGUUUCGGGAAGUGCAGAGGGUGCACGGGGUCCUCUCUACCGUCCAGGUGUACGGGAAAGACGUGGACAUGUCCGCCGUUUUCAGCCCGUCCAAGAAGGCCUGGAAGAACACGAGCAAAGCCGCGGCGCGGGAAGCAACCGACGACGAGAAAGAAAUACCGCUGGCACCGGCGGAGGAAAAUGACGAGAGCUCAGACGGAGAGGGAGAGGAGAUCCAGCUGGAGACGGUGGAGCUGACGAUAGGAACCCUGGAUCUGAGAGAGUCGGAGAUCUACCCCUGCAGGCGCAGGAAGAGGAGGAGGAAAAAGAAGGAGCAAGCCGAACCGCAUAACCAAGCAGAAACGGGAAGGAUGAAUGCAGGAGCAGGUGAGCAAGAAGAGGGGCUGCCUGAGGCUACACGAGCUGAAGAAGAAGAGGAGGAGGAGGAGGUCCCUCAACAGGAAGAUGCUAUAAACACAAGUAAGAAGAAACCACAGAGUGAAAAACAACUAGAAGAAGCUGCCGCUGAUGAGUCUGUUGAUUACGCCCUCAGGGACGCUCUGUUUACCGCAUGCAAAAUUGGAGACGUGGGUGCUCUCCGCAGCCUCCUCCAGCUGCCUGAGGAAACGGCCGAGCGCCCUGAAAAGACGGCGGGAGAUUCUCCUCCGGCCCCUUUAAGCCUCCUGAACAAAGCCGUCGACCCGUCGGGGUUCACCCUGCUGCACGUCGCUGCAGCAGCCGCUCAGAAGGCGGUCGUCAGGCUGCUCCUGGACGCAGGCGCCGACCCCGCCCGCAGGGAUAACAAAUCCCAGACGCCGUAUAUCGUCGCUCCCGACAAAGACACAAGGAACGUCUUUCGUAAAUUCAUGGGUGAGAACCCCGAUAAGUACGACUACAGCAAGGCACAGGUGCCUGGGCCACUAACAGCAGAGACCGAGUCCAAAAAGGUGGAGAGGAAAAAGGCCCAACGAGCUCAGCGAAAACAGCGCGAGAAAGAGCAGAAGGAGGAAAAGAGGAAACAGGAGUUGGAGGCAGAGGAGAAGAAAAGGUUUGCAUCUCUGACCGACCGGGAAAAGAGAGCUCUGGCAGCGGAGAAAAGGUUGGCAGAGCAAGCGGCCGCGUUAGGAGUCAACCUCUCCAAUGUCCGGUACGUUCCCCAAGCUGAAGAUCUACAACCACGUCUCUCUCUUCGACAUUUGGUGACUUUUGUGUUUUGCUGUGGGUUUGUCUCCUUCAACAGGAGGUGCUGGUCGUGUGGAGAGUCUCUGCUGGGGAAGGUCCCAUUCAACUACCUGGAGUAUUCAUUCUGCACGCCGCGAUGCGUUCAAGCACACCGCAAAGCAAACGCUCCUCCCAGCAAGUCCUAGCACAUCACGCCGUCUUGUUUUCAGUAAUGGGG